UUAAAUUUGAACUUUUCGGGUGUUUUUGAGGUUAUCUUAUGGGCGUAUUGCAUACCUAUUGAAUUUAUUCCCGGUUCGUUAGUAAAACAACAGUGAUAUUCAAUUAAAUCAUAUUAUCAAUUAAAAUGGAUAUAAAUCAUAAAUUAGAAGAGUUAGCUUUGAGUUUGUACCAUAUAGAUGCGGUGAAGUUUGGAGACUUCGUGACGAAAAGUGGGAUAAAAACACCAGUUUACUUCGACUUGAGGGUUAUUGUCAGCUACCCGGGUGUCAUGGAAUUGAUAUCUCUCUUGCUAUAUGAUAAUGCAAUCAAAGACAGUAAAUUUGACCAUGUUUGUGGUGUGCCUUACACUGCAUUGCCUAUUGCAACACUGUUGAGCGUUAAAACCAAGAAAUCUAUGUUGAUGCGUCGUAAAGAAACUAAAUCUUAUGGAACUAAGAAAUCCAUAGAAGGUCAUUAUAAACAAGGAGAAACAUGCCUUAUUAUUGAAGAUGUUAUUACCUCUGGAUCAAGUGUUAUGGAAACAGUUACUGACUUAAAAAAGGAAGGUUUAAAAGUUGAAGAAGCUGUAAUAAUAUUAGAUAGAGAGCAGGGCGGGAAAACAAAUCUCGAGGCAAAUAAUAUACAGAUUAAAUCACUGUUCACAAUGACGGAAUUGAUUAAUAUACUUGUGAAGAAUAACAAAAUUAGUAAACAGAUGGGUUCUGAUGUAAUAAAUUAUUUGAAGAAUGUUCAAGCACCCGUAACUAUUGCUGAAACAGACCGAACAUUGCUACCCUAUGAAAAAAGAGCAGAAUUGACUUCAAACCAAAUUGCAAAACAACUCUUCACUAUAAUGGCUACAAAGAAAACAAACCUAUGUUUAUCUGUAGAUCUUACGCUGUCUACUAAAAUACUGGAUUUAUUACAAAAAGUUGGUGAACAUGUGUGCUUAGUGAAAACUCAUAUUGAUAUAAUUGAAGAUUAUACUGAUAAUUUUAUAGUGCAGUUAAAACAGUUGGCACAAAAAUUUAACUUCUUAUUAUUAGAGGAUAGAAAGUAUGCAGAUAUUGGGCAUACAGUGUCUUUGCAAUAUUCAAAAGGUUUGUAUAAAGUAGCAGAUUGGGCAGAUUGCGUCACUGUGCAUUCUUUACCUGGCGAAGGUAUAUUAAAGGCACUGAACGGUUCAGUAAAUAAUGAAAGUAAAGGAGUAUUUUUGUUGGCUGAAAUGAGUAGUGAGGGCAAUCUUAUAACACCAGACUAUACAGAAGCAACAGUAAAAAUGGCGGCCAAAUACCCUGAACUAAUAACAGGAUUUGUUUGCCAAAAGAAAGCCACAUUCAAAGAUCCCGGCCAAAUCCAAUUUACACCUGGAGUUCAACUAGAGAGUUCUAAAGACGAAUUGGGCCAAGUCUAUAAUACUCCCGAGAAGGUGGUUUUAGAAAAUGGUGCUGAUAUCAUAGUUGUGGGAAGGGGCAUUGUUGCAGCUAAGAACCCAGAAAUACAAGCUGUUGUAUAUAAAGACACUCUGUGGAAAUGUUAUACAAAAAGGGUAUCAGGAAAAAUGGAAUGACUAAUAAAUUAUCUGUCUAUACAUGGGAUUUUUGGUCUGGAACAACUCAUAGUUCGUAUGAAUGUAAUUUUGAGGAAGAUUGUGUAACUAUAAUUAUAGGUAAACUUAUGCAGACAAGUUAUGCCAGAUAUGUAAAAAUAUCUUGUACCUUUUUUAACCUUAAGUUUUAAUAUUUGAAAAAAAAAAAUAGUGUGAAAGUAGGGAAAAUAUACAACGUUUUUUUUUCAUCUAUAAAUCUUGAUAAGAAAUUUUUAAUAAUGUAAUAAAAUAACAAAAUAAAAAUAGCAAUUCCUUGUGAUACAUUCAAUAAGGGUUUUGAAAUUAUCAUUAAGUGUGAAGUGUGAAGAUUUAGUUUUAGUGUAAUUAAUUAUUUUGGGACCCAUUUGAAAUUCACAAUAGAUUGUGAAGUUUUAUGAAGUGCUAAGCACAAAAUAAUUAACAAAGAAUAGACCAAGCCACUGCCUUCUACUAUAUAAAUAAGUAUUAACUGUUAUCUUUGUACAUUGUUACAUUUAUACAUUCCU